AGUCUGCGCCGAACUUUCUCCGUCCAGGCUUCCCGGCGGUCGUGGGGGCUCCGCGGGGCGUGGGGACGGCGCCGCGGGAACCUGGGCGUUGCUCUCCGGGCCGACUCCCGCAGAACCGCUGGCCGGAAGUGAUCUGACUGACCGGAAGCGAGGCCUGAGGGGAAAGUGCGGGUCCCGCCCCCCCGAGGGUGGAGCUUUCGGUGGAAGGGAGCGGAGGGGACGCUCCGAGCAGUUGGCGUGCAGCGCGUCUCGGCGGAGAGGCGGAGUGGAGGGCGCGCGCGGAGCGGCUCGGGGAGCUCGGCAGCCCCGGGGCUGAGCUCUGGCAAGUCCGGAGGAGUUGAGACCCGGGGGGCGCCUCACGCUCCCGAGAGCCGAACCGGAGGGGGUUUUGCCGCCGGGGCACCCGAGGAGCAGCCGGGGUGCAGCCUGCAGCUCAGGCUUGGGGUUCUGGUGCGGCGCGCCAGGGACCCGGCUCCGGCGGCGCCCCUGCCGGGUAGAGUUACGCUCCGUGCCUUUGUCCAGGGCGAGGAAGGAGCCGGGAUGGCCUGGGCUCUGAAGCUGCCGCUGGCGGAUGAAGUGAUUGAGUCGGGGCUGGUGCAGGACUUUGAUGCGAGCCUGUCCGGCAUCGGCCAGGAACUGGGUGCUGGUGCUUAUAGCAUGAGUGAUGUCCUUGCGUUGCCCAUUUUUAAGCAAGAAGAGUCAAGUUUGCCUCUCGACAACGAGAAUGAAAUCCUGCCUUUUCAGUAUGUGCUGUGCGCGGCCACCUCUCCAGCGGUGAAACUCCACGAUGAAACCCUGACCUAUCUCAACCAAGGACAGUCUUAUGAAAUCCGAAUGUUAGACAAUAGGAAACUUGGAGAACUUCCAGAAAUCAAUGGCAAGUUGGUGAAGAGCAUAUUCCGGGUGGUGUUCCACGACAGACGCCUGCAGUACACCGAGCACCAGCAACUGGAAGGCUGGAGGUGGAACCGGCCCGGGGACAGGAUUCUUGACAUAGAUAUCCCAAUGUCUGUGGGUAUAAUUGAUCCCAGGGCCAAUCCUACCCAGCUAAAUACAGUGGAGUUCCUGUGGGACCCAGCAAAGAGGACAUCUGUGUUUAUUCAGGUGCACUGCAUUAGCACGGAGUUCACGAUGAGGAAGCAUGGCGGAGAGAAGGGGGUGCCUUUCCGAGUACAAAUUGAUACCUUCAAGGAGAACGAGAAUGGGGAGUACACUGAGCACUUGCACUCUGCCAGCUGCCAGAUCAAAGUCUUCAAGCCUAAAGGUGCCGACAGAAAACAAAAAACAGACAGAGAGAAAAUGGAGAAACGAACACCCCAUGAAAAAGAGAAAUACCAACCUUCCUAUGAGACAACCAUUCUCACAGAGUGUUCCCCAUGGCCUGAGAUCACCUAUGUCAACAAUUCCCCAUCGCCUGGCUUCAACAGUUCCCAUAGCAGUUUCUUUCUUGGGGAAGGAAAUGGCUCUCCAAACCAUCAGCCAGAGCCACCCCCUCCAGUCACUGACAACCUCUUGCCCACGACCACGCCUCAGGAAGCCCAGCAGUGGUUGCAUCGAAACCGGUUUUCCACAUUCACAAGGCUCUUCACCAACUUCUCAGGGGCAGAUUUGCUGAAACUAACUAGAGAUGAUGUGAUCCAAAUCUGCGGCCCUGCAGAUGGGAUCAGACUUUUCAAUGCAUUAAAAGGCCGGAUGGUGCGUCCAAGGCUAACCAUUUAUGUCUGUCAGGAAUCGUUACAGUUGAGGGAGCAGCAGCAGCAGCAGCAGCCGCAGCCACAGCCACAGCAGAAGCAGGAAGACGGAGAUUCGGAUGGUACUUUCUUCGUAUACCACGCUAUCUAUCUCGAAGAACUGACAGCUGCUGAAUUAACAGAAAAAAUUGCUCAGCUUUUCAGCAUUUCUCCUCACCAGAUCAGCCAGAUUUACAAGCAAGGGCCAACAGGAAUCCAUGUGCUCAUCAGUGAUGAGAUGAUACAGAACUUCCAGGAAGAAGCCUGUUUUAUUCUGGACACAAUGAAAGCAGAAGGCAGUGAUGGCUAUCACGUCAUUCUGAAGUAGGAGGAGCCUUCCACACUUGCUGGCUGCUGCUUCCUUCCGCUUGAUGGCUGCCCUUGAAGGGGUCAUGACUGGAGACUGAAGGUCUUCUGGAACCCGGCUAUGUGAAUGUUGGAGGGGGCGUGAUGGACGACCAGGCCCUGGAGUGGAAUCCCAGCCCCUGUAUUGGCCCAAGCUGUGUGGCACCCUCAGAUCCUGCCAGACACGGAGUUCAGCCGCAGUCUGAAGUCUGAAGCUCAGUGCUGGCCCCUGUUGGAGACCAGUGUGAACUCCCAUCGCUAGGGAGUGCAGAGGGCAGAGCGUCAGCGGAGUGGUGGGACGUUAAUCCUGUGACAGAGAGCUCUUGCCGGUGUCCUUUCUUUUGGUUUGGUUUUUGUUUUUGUUUUUGUUUUUCCAUUUUGUUUUGUUUUUUGAAACAGGGUUUCUCUGUGUAGCCCGGGUUGUCCUGGAACUCUCUCUGUAGACCAGGCUGGCCUUGAACUCACAGAGAUCCGCCUGCCUCUGCCACCGAGUGCUGGCAUGCAUCACCACCCCCUGCCAUUUUUCUAAUGUGAAAGUGAGCGUCUGUAUCCAUAAGACAGUGUCAUCAGGCUCGUUUGUCUCAAGCAUGUGGUCACCUCUGCUUUGUUCUUUUUUUUUUUUUUUUUGACAACUUCUUCAUGAGAAAUACAGAUUUUUUUUUGUUGUUUUGAGAUGGGGUUUUAUGUUCCUGCCUCUACCUCCCAAGUGCUGUGGUUAUAGGCAUUCGCCACCUUGCCUGUUUCUACAGGACUGGACUUGAACCCGGAGCCUCACGUGUGCUAGGCAAGCUCCCCCCAGCUGACCUCCAGCAGGCCCUUCCCUUUUCUGUUAAGACAGCGUCUCGGGAUCUUAU